AUGACCGCCCCGUACACCGACUCCCCACACAUCACCAAAAUCCCCCUCGAAACCAUCUCCAAACUCUCUCCCUUCUCCGGUCUCAUCCUCUCCAUAAUCCUCAUCCUUUACUUCCUCAUCCGCUACUACCUCUUCGAGCCUCUCCUCCUCCCCUACAUCUAUGGCUCCACCUUCACAACCAUGCCCUUGGGCUCUGCGCUCCGUUCCGGCUUCGUCAACCACCACAUCGCCGGCCUCACAAAGAUUCUCAUCCUAGUUCUCGCUGCCUAUCCUUUCAUCUCCGUCACAUUCCUGACCAGCUCUCUACAUUCCCCAUUCGCGCCAGGAAGCGAGACCACAAUGGGAGAUGUACUUAUCAUCGCCGCGCAAAUGUUAAUCGCAAUGUAUAUAUUCGAGUUACUGUAUCGACCGAAGAUCAGUCCAGUGAGUGUGGGACAUCAUAUUGGAACCAUUUUAAUUGGCCAGAGUGCUAUUGCGAUAAGUUUGGACUUGGUAAAGGAGAGGGAUGCCACGAUUGAGUUUAUUUUGUGUACGGUCUGGGGAGCCUUCGACAUCCUCUCUGAGUUUCUCCCCCACCUCACCAUCAUUCUCUACCGCUGCAACCCCACCUCCCACGCUUUCCUCCGCAAAAUCUUCCGCAUGGCAGCGAUCACCACCUUCACUGGCACAAUCGCCGAGACAAUCGUCACGAUGUUUCUCUUUGGAAGUUUGUGGAAUCGAUGGACAUUAGCGUUUAAAGUAUCCACGCCUUUGUUGCAUGCGGUGUUUAUGGCGGCGCAGUUGUGGGGGACGUGGAAUUUUGUGGGUUUGUAUAGACGUCAGGGGGUUUUGAUGAGGGAGAAGGAGAAGAGGGAUAUGGAGGAGGGAAGGGGGGCGGAUGAAAUUGGGGAAGAAGGGAAUAGAAAUGGGGAGAGAGAUAUGAGUCAGACUGAUGUUGAGAGACAGGGAGAGAGAGAAUGUGCUGGGAGUGAGAGGAGAAAGGGAGUUAUGGCGACAGGUUGGAGUCGGAUCCGGGGAAUGAUCCGAGUUUGA